AACACAUCUGGAUUAUGGAGACACUAAUCUAGUAGAUGCGUUUUUAAUUAGAGAAACUUUCUGGUCCCAAAGAAAAGUCGCCACUAAAACUCAGUACUUGAACUUGGUCAGAGGUUUCUCCUGGAUCUCUUCAACUUUGUCCUCUCUAGACUCUUCACCAGAAUGACAUUACUUUCCUCUCUCGGAAGAGCCUCUCGAUCUGCCCCACUUGCCUCUAAGCUCCUCCUCCUCGGCACUCUCAGCGGUGGAAGUAUAGUGGCAUACUCAGAUUCUAACGCUGAAGCUAACAAAAACGAGGACCAGCAGCUGAAGAAGAAGAAAGUAGUUGUACUUGGGACUGGAUGGGCUGGUAUAAGCUUUCUUAAAGAUCUCGACAUAACUUCCUACGAUGUUCAGGUUGUGUCUCCACAGAACUAUUUUGCCUUUACACCAUUGUUACCUAGCGUCACUUGUGGAACUGUUGAAGCUAGAAGUAUUGUAGAGUCUGUCCGUAAUAUAACCAAGAAGAAAAAGGGGGAAAUUGAAUUAUGGGAAGCAGAUUGUGUUAAGAUCGAUCCUGUUAACCACAAGGUUCACUGUCGACCGGUUUUCAAGGAUGAUCCUGAAGCAAGGCAAGAGUUUUCGCUUGGAUAUGACUACUUGAUUGUUGCAGUGGGAGCUCAAGUUAAUACAUUUGGAACUCCUGGUGUACUUGAGAAUUGCCAUUUUCUCAAGGAAGUAGAGGAUGCACAGAGGAUUCGUAGAGGAGUGAUUGAUUGCUUUGAGAAAGCAAUCCUUCCUGGCCUUACUGAGGAACAAAGAAGAAGAAAGCUUCAUUUUGUUAUUGUGGGAGGAGGUCCUACUGGUGUGGAGUUUGCAGCUGAGCUACAUGACUUUAUUAUAGAGGAUAUCACCAAAAUAUACCCUUCAGUCAAAGAGCUCGUGAAAAUAACACUCAUUCAAUCUGGAGAUCAUAUUCUGAAUUCGUUUGAUGAACGUAUAAGUUCAUUUGCUGAACAAAAGUUCACGCGAGAUGGUAUUGAUGUUCAGACAGGAGUGCGUGUAAUGUCUGUGACUGAUAAAGAUAUCAGUGUGAAAGUUAAAUCAAGUGGAGAAGUCAUAAGUAUUCCUCAUGGAUUGAUAUUGUGGUCCACUGGAGUUGGAACCCGUCCAGUUAUCAGCGACUUCAUGGAGCAAGUUGGCCAAGGAGGCAGACGUGCGUUGGCAACUAACGAGUGGUUACAAGUGACAGGAUGUGAGAAUGUAUAUGCAGUUGGCGAUUGUGCUUCCAUAGCUCAACGAAAAAUCAUGGGGGAUAUUGCAAACAUAUUCAAAGCUGCAGAUGUGGACAACUCAGGAACCUUGACCAUGGAAGAGUUACAAGACGUGGUUGAUGAUAUUCUUGUGAGGUACGCGCAGGUGGAGCUCUACCUGAGAAGCAAGCAUAUGAGGAAUAUUAACGACCUGCUGGCAGAUUCUGAAGGAAAUGCAAGGAAAGAAGUAGACAUCGAGGCAUUCAAAUUGGCUCUCUCGGAGGUUGAUUCACAGAUGAAGACCCUGCCUGCAACUGCUCAGGUCGCUGCCCAGCAAGGUGCUUAUCUUGCCAAAUGCUUCAACAGGAUGGAGCAGUGCAAAGAGCAACCUGAAGGUCCUAAGCGGUUUAGAACUGGCGGGCAUCACCAGUUUCGCCCCUUCCAGUACAAGCACUUUGGACAAUUUGCUCCAUUGGGAGGGGACCAAGCAGCUGCCGAAUUACCUGGAGACUGGGUUUCAGCUGGAAGAAGCACCCAGUGGCUCUGGUAUUCUGUUUAUGCCAGCAAGCAAGUUAGCUGGCGAACGAGAGCUCUGGUGGUGUCGGACUGGACAAGGAGGUACAUAUUCGGGAGGGACUCAAGCCGCAUCUGAGCCAAUACUGCAUUUUAUUAUGUGUUUCGAGGAAACCAAGAUACAGUCUCUCUCUUUUUUUGUUUGGUUUUGGUGUAUAUCUCACAGCUGUGGCCAACCUUCUUGUUUGUGAGUGGCAAAGCAAAACCGUUUGAAAGAAUCUUUCUUCAUGAA